AUGGGGAAAGAUAGAAACCAUCCUCUUCAUAUUAGACUUUAGAAAAGAGAUCAUUUCGAUGAUGAAUAUGUUUGCAAAUAUAAUUUGCUAUCUUUUUGUCCUCAUGAUUUGUUCCCUAAUACUAAGGCAGAUAUCGGCCCAUGCUAGAAGAGGCAUGACGAUUUCUUAAAGGAAAUGUUUAAGAACGAUUCAGAUAGAGAACUUUAUCAAAGAAAAUAUGAAAAGGAGCUUCAAAGUCUAUUAGAGUAAAUGAUCGCAUAAGUAGAUCAAAAAAUGAAAAGAAGUUUGGCAAGAGUUGAGAACCCCAUUUCUGAUCCAAUAAACACUCAUGAAAUGAAUGCACACAAUCAGGAAACAGUGCAUAAUAAGAUAGAUUAACUAGAAUAGAAGAUAAAUUUCUAUAUUGAGAGAGCAGAAAAAUUAGGAGAAGAGGGUAAGAUUGAUGAGUCAGAGGCAAUUAUGAAGGAAGUCGACAAACUCAAAGUACAAAAAAGUGAGUUAGAACAACUAAGUGAUAAUACGCUUCUUCCAAAAGAUAAGAAUAUGAAAGUUUGCGAUGUUUGUGGUGCUCUUUAAGCAACAACUGAUACUGACAAAAGACUCUAGAUGCAUUUAGAGGGUAAAUUGCAUACAGGAUAUUUGAAAAUUAGAAAAAUCUUGGCUGAACUUAAGCAAAAGAGAGAAGAAUAUAGAAGAAUCAGUGAAAGAUAAGGUAGAAAAAGAUCUAGAUCAAGAUCACCCUCACCAUCUAAGGUUACAUUACCUAAAAGAAGCAAUUUACCGAAUUAGCAUAAUCAGUAAGAAGAAAAAGUUGCAGAUGCUUUUUAUUUCAGCUCAAGGAAGUAUGGAGCAGGAUUAAACGUUCCAGAUUCAGAUAUCAGAUUUACUGAGAUUGCAAUGGAGAACAAUAACAAUAUGGGCUAUAAUGUAACUCUAGCAAAAACUGAAACUCUUGGUAAAGAGUGGGGAUACUACAAAAGGAAUAUUGAUAAGAAAAGAAAAGAGCAGCAAGAUCUUUUAAAGAAAAAAGAAGAUGAUCAAAAUAGAGGAUCAUACAGAAGAAAUGAUGAGAGAGGAGGCGAUAGAGGCUUUGGAGGCGGUGAAAGAAGAGGUUAUGAAGGUGGUGGAGGCUACAGAGGUGGUAAUAGCUUCAAUUCUGGUGGUGGUGGCUUCCAAAGAAGAGAUAAUAAUUAUGGCGACAGAAGAGAUGGAGGAUCAUAGGGAGGCUACAGAGGAGGAAACGAUAACAGAGAUAAUAGGAGAAGAUGA